AUGGUUGAAGAAAUAUUGUCUAAAGCAUUUUUGGUUGUUGUUGCCACCGUAUUUGCAGCGGCUACGGUGGUUCACGGCCAAGAAGUGCCGUGCUUCUUCAUCUUCGGAGACUCAACUUUCGAUAGUGGCAACAAUAAUAACUUAAAUUCCAAAGCAAAAGUCAACUUUCCACCUUAUGGUAUUGACUUUCCCAAAGGCCCGACCGGCCGGUUUACCAAUGGCCGCACAAUCCCAGAUAUUAUCGGUGAAAAAUUAGGUUUUAAGGAUUUCAUUCCGCCAUUCGCCGAAGCACCACCGGAACAAGCACACACCGGACUUAACUAUGCUUCCGGUGGAGGUGGACUUCGUGAAGAAACCAGCCAACAUUUGGGUGAUAGAAUCAGUCUAAAAACACAAAUACAGAACCACAAGAAGGCGAUAAAGAGAGCGAAGGUGCCAAAAAAAAAAUUGGAGCAAUGUCUCUAUGCAAUAAACAUCGGAAGCAACGAUUAUAUCAACAACUACUUCAGGUCAAACUCGUCCAACAACCGUCGCUUUAAGCCUGGACCAUAUGCAUAUUCUCUCAUCACUCUCUACCGUGCUCAUUUGAAGAAUUUAUACCGUCUAGGAGCAAGGAAGGUGAUACUUUUUGGAGUCUGUCAAAUCGGAUGCACACCAAAGAUGGUAGAGUCCCAUGGUAACGGUAAAGGUUGUGCGCUCAAAGUGAAUGAUGCAGUGGCAAUUUUCAACAAGAAUAUCAAUGACCUUGUCACGGAUUUCAAUAAGAAGGUCAAAGGUGCUAAGUUCACCUUCGUCGAUCUUUUCUCCGGUGGAGAUCCCUUAGCUUAUAAAAUUCUAGGAUUUACGAUUCGAGACAAGGGUUGUUGCGAGGUAUCCCCAGGGGAAGAACUUUGCAUCCCGAACCACCCAGUUUGCGCAAACCGGACUGAAUAUGUCUUUUGGGAUGACAUUCACAGCUCCGAAGCUACCAAUAUGAUGGUGGCUAAAGGCGCAUUUGAUGGAAUCCUAACUAGGCCAUACAGCAUCCCCCAGCUUGUGAAGCAAUAG